AUGGCCUUCGGACGCGCUCCCCGCACCACUCACACGACGACCACCACCACCCAUGGUACCCACCACGCCGACCGUCGCGGCGUCUUCCACCCGAUCCUGACGCUCAGCAACAUCCUGAUCUGGCUCUCGUCCGUCAUCGUGCUCGGCAUCUCGGCCUACGAGAUCCACCAGAUCAAAAAGUACGCCGGCUCGAACGCAUGGCCGGGCAACCGGCUGGUGUACAUUCUGGUCAUCGCCGUCCUCACCGUCGCCUUCUUUUUGCUCUCGUUCAUGCUCCACCCGCGCCCUAGCUACAGCUUGCUGUUCAACCUCAUCUUCAGCUACCUCUGGCUGGUCUCGGUCGUGUUCGCUGCUGAGAGUUACUCGAACCGUUAUGUUCCUUCUAUUUGGCAUGCGUUGGAGGCUUUUACGUUUAUUGCUUUCUUCGGCCUGUUGUUCAACAUCCUCUACACCUGGUGGCAGUGGCACCGCGCUACUCCCCGCACUGCUGCUGUCGUUUAA